GUCCAGGCAUCCCAACGCAACGUACGGAUCAGUCUCAGUGUGUCGAGAGCAGUCGCAUACUCCGGUUCACGAGUCUAUUACAGUGCCCACGUAUUAUAAAUACAUAAAAAAGUUUUUUGUGUGCCUGUAUUUAAAUAUAUAUAAAAAAAAACAAACAACGACGAGUACUCGUGUGUUUGGUGGGAACAGAUCACGUCGAGUCGACAACCUAUCAAAUUGCCAAUAUGGUAGGUACAAGGGUCUAUGUUGGUGGGCUUCCAUACGGUACCAGGGAAAGAGACCUGGAGAGAUUUUUCAGAGGCUACGGUCGAUUCCGUGAUGUUCUUAUCAAGAAUGGCUACGGCUUUGUUGAAUUUGAUGACUACAGAGAUGCAGAUGAUGCUGUUUAUGAAUUGAAUGGAAAGGAGCUGUUAGGAGAGCGAAUAACGGUUGAGAGGGCCAGAGGAACGCCUAGAGGUAGCGAUCAGUGGCGCUACGGAGAUUCGCGCGGUGGCUAUGGCGACUCGAGACGAUCUGCCCGUGACGACGUGCGACAUGACAGAGACAGCGUCAACAGAAACUCAAGGAACUCCUCGAGCUACAAGCAGACUCUCCCAAGAUAUGGUCCACCUACUCGCACAGAAUACCGCUUAACUGUUGAGAAUCUGUCCAGCCGUGUCAGUUGGCAGGAUCUGAAAGACUACAUGCGUCAAGCUGGAGAAGUUACGUAUGCCGAUGCACACAAGCAACGACGAAAUGAAGGUGUUGUCGAGUUUGCUACUUACUCCGAUAUGAAGAAUGCCAUUGAAAAGCUUGACGAUACCGAUCUGAAUGGACGCAGAAUUCGAUUGGUUGAGGACAAACGUCGCGGAAGGCGAUCCAGGUCUUCAAGCUCAAGAUCCAGAUCUAGGUCUAGAUCACGGUCCCGCAGGCGUAGCAGGUCUCGCUCAAGGAGCCGCAGCCGCUCACGUAGCCGUAGUCGUCGUAGCAGUCGCUCCAAGUCGAGGCACUCGAAAUCCAAAUCUAAGUCCAAGUCCAAAAGUCCUGAGCGUAGCCGCUCACGUUCCGUGUCCAAAUCAAAGGACCGUUCUAAGUCCAGAGAUAAGUCUAGGUCCAAGAGCAAAUCUCGCUCUCGCUCAAGAUCAAAGAAUGAUAGAUCCAAGUCUAGAUCUCAAUCAAAAUCUAAAGUCAAGUCUCCAUCAAAGGAAAGAUCUCGUGAAAGUCGAGAGCGCUCUCGUGGCGACCGCUCCAGAUCAGGAUCUGAGCGAAGCAAACAUAGCAAAAGCCGCAGCCGUUCUGCAUCACCAAUGAAUGGUCUUAAAUCUCCCAAAAAAGAAGAAGAUUAGAUUGAUAGUUAUGUAAGGGAAUGAAGAGUGAGCGGGAGAAAAUGAAAAAUACCAAUUACUUUAAUUACUCAAAUUUUUUAGUUUUCAAUGUAGAAGACUAUGAUUUCCAAUAAGCCAAUAGUUACUAAAUAAUUUUUUCCUUACCCUUUUGCUACGCACAUUGGUAUUUUUUUUUGUAAAAUUUUUCCAUCAUUGUAAAACAUAAGGGUACUAAUGUCAUGAUAACCUUGAUGAUGUAAAGGUUUAACUAUGAUUGAGUUGACAAAUUGAAACGUUAAUUCGAUUUUUUUUAUUCAUGACCAAUUAUAAUUAGGGUGUCAAUUAUAUAUUAUACUAUUUUAAGUUUUAAAAAUCAACGUUAAAACUUAUUGUAAUCCGUAUAAACUAAUAUUGGCACGCCAAACACAUUUUUUAAACUUCGUCUCUUACAAAUAAUGUCAUUUAACAAUGCUUUUUGUUAAAACAAAUUUAACUCUAGGUGUACACGAUUCAUAAAACUACCUUGAAUCAAAUUUUAAAUAUUAGUGCAGAACAUGCUAAGAAUGAUUAAAAAUUGAUGAAAGACAAAAGA